CUGGGGAGGGACAGCGGCGCUGGGAGGUGGCUGAGCCGAGACUUUCCAGCAACUGCUGCCCAGGACUUUUUUUUUUUUUUUUCCCCUUCUCCUCCUUCUUCUUUUUUCCCAGGAGGCAGCGACGGCGGCGGCGUGGGGAGAGGAAGAGAAGGAAGCGUCUGCUGGCCGGAGCCCAGGCAGCGUUUGGUCUCUCGGAGGGGAGGAAGGUCCCUGCCCGGAUGAGUCUCCGCCGCGCGUCCCCAAGUGUCGCCCGGCGAGGGUGGCGCACGGAGCCCGGCGCGGACGACCCUGGCUGCUUCGUCCCUGGGGUUAGGAUGUGCUGAAAGGAUGGGGCUUCACCCUUCCGAGGGUCACCAUGGCCAGAGAAGAUUCUGUGAAGUGCCUGCGCUGCUUGCUUUACGCCCUCAAUCUGCUCUUUUGGUUAAUGUCCAUCAGUGUGCUGGCAGUUUCAGCUUGGAUGAGGGACUACCUGAAUAAUGUUCUGACUUUAACCGCAGAAACCAGGGUGGAGGAGGCGGUCAUCCUGACUUACUUCCCCGUGGUUCACCCCGUCAUGAUUGCUGUUUGCUGUUUCCUUAUCAUUGUGGGGAUGUUGGGAUACUGUGGAACAGUGAAAAGAAAUCUAUUGCUUCUUGCAUGGUACUUUGGAAGCUUACUUGUCAUUUUCUGUGUAGAGCUGGCUUGUGGUGUUUGGACAUAUGAACAGGAGCUUAUGGUUCCAGUACAGUGGUCAGAUAUGGUUACUCUGAAAGCCAGAAUGACAAAUUAUGGGUUACCUAGAUAUCGAUGGCUUACUCAUGCUUGGAAUUUUUUUCAGAGAGAGUUUAAGUGCUGUGGAGUGGUGUAUUUCACUGACUGGCUGGAAAUGACAGAAAUGGACUGGCCUCCAGAUUCCUGCUGUCUCAGGGAGUUCCCAGGAUGUUCCAAACAGGCCCACCAGGAAGAUCUCAGUGACCUUUAUCAAGAGGGUUGUGGGAAGAAAAUGUAUUCUUUCUUGAGAGGAACCAAACAGUUACAAGUACUAAGGUUUCUGGGGAUCUCCAUUGGAGUGACACAAAUCCUUGCCAUGAUUCUCACCAUAACUCUGCUCUGGGCUCUGUAUUAUGACAGAAGGGAGCCUGGUACAGACCAAAUGAUGUCCCUGAAGACUGACACUUCUCAACACCUGUCAUGCCACUCAGUAGAACUAUUGAAACCAAGCCUUUCCAGGAUCUUUGAACAUACAUCAGUGGCAAACAGCUUUAAUACACAUUUUGAGAUGGAGGAAUUAUGAAGAAAGGCAAGGAAGGAAAUCACACACUUUUGUCAUUGGACUUGAGUUUUUGAGUACAUUAUAUGUCUCAGAAAAUUGUGGACAUAAAGAUAUUUCCAUAAAAGAAAAAACCAGGAAAACUUAUACAUGACCACCUGGAUAAUACUUGGUGCCUUUUAUAAUGCUAAGUAAGGACAGUUCUGAUACUCCUGAUAUUUCCUUCUUAUCCUUUAUAAGAUUUUCUGAGCCUAUUGAUGCUUCACAACAGCUUGGAUUAAUCAGCAUUUUUACAACCAUGUGAAUGAUGAAUUUGGAGCUACCAUAAAGUAUGAUUUACCUUCAUCUGCUAGUAUGUAAAUUAUCAAUUAACUACUAACAUAGAAAUUUAGACAUUACUAAUGACUUUUAUUACUUGGUAAUAUAUUAUUUUGAAGGUGACUAGAUAAUCCAAGAUAUGGAAGGAAACUUUCAAGAUUAGUGACUACCUAAAUGUGAUUUUGUUGGUAACAAAAAAUUUCUCACAAUUUAAAAUAGCAAACUAACACAUUGCCUUAAACUGAUCAGGGAUACAUAUGUAUAUAACUCUGUGAUAAGUCUGUAUAAUUCAGUAGAUUUCAGUUGUUAUAAUGUUAAGAAUAAGAAUUGUGGAAAGGAUAAAUUUAUUCAUUAUAGCACUAUUCUUUUUAGCCUUUCUUGAUAAGAGAGUUUUUAAAUUCUGUCUUGAGUCUAUAUUAUAUUCAUACCUGUUAAUUUAAAUGCUUAACCACUAAUUUUGAAAAUUACCAGUAUGAUACGUGGGAAUCAUUGUAAUUCUGCAUGUAGUCUGCUCUCUAGGAAGUAUUAACAAAAAAUUUACAUAUAACAUAGUUGUUCAGCAAAAAUUUGGAUGCUAUUUUUCUCCCAAGUGAGGACACUUUUAUGACAAUAAGUGCUUUUUAAAAAGACCUUAUAUUUUUUUUCAAAAAAAGAGAAUCUCCAAGAUGAUAUUAUUUUACAGAGAAUAGUUUUCUUUUUCCAGAAAAGUGCUUUUGAGAUCCAUUCAAAUAAGUGAUAAUUAAACUAGAGAUUACCUUUGCUUUAUUUCACUAAUUACCAGGGCAGAUUACACAGAUUAAUACAUUUUUACAAAAGUAGAAUAUAUUUAUUUGAAAUGGGAAAAGUGCAUUUUACUGUAUUUUGUUUGUAUUAUGUUUAUUUCUCAGAUUAUAGAAAGAAAAUCUUAAAACAAGUGUCAAUAAAUAUUUUAUAGAGAGUUAAUAUUCGGUUUAUGCCUACUUUUUACACAUUAAAAGUACCUUUACUACUGAAAAGAUUAGC